AUGGCUCUUGACACCGUCGAGCAGCAGGAACAACGAGAACAGCUUGUUGUGGCCGAGCCGGACUCGCGCACAGAUGUUGACAACGAUCUCCAUUUGAUGAUGACCGAGCACGGGAAAAGCGAUCUACAGGCUGCUUUUUUCAACAUGUCCAACUCGAUUCUCGGAGCUGGAGUGGUUGGAAUACCUCGAGCGUUCAGAAACUCGGGAUUGCUCACCUCGUUGAUCUUGAUGGUGGUUCUGGCCGUGUUGAACGACUGGACGCUGCGGCUGAUCAUCGUCAACACGAAAUUGUCCGGUGCAAAGACUUAUACCGCUUUUGUUAGCCAUGCAUUGGGAGAUCUGGGGAAAGUUGCGAUUUUGCUCGCCCAGGGACUAUUUGGGUUUGGUGGCAACAUUGGGUUUGCUGUGAUCAUCGGUGAUACCAUUCCGCACGUGCUGCGCUCGCUGUUUAGCAGCCAGGUGGCCUCGUCGUCCGCAGUGGACUUUCUCUUGUCGCGCAACACGCUGAUCGUGAUCUGUAUCACGUGCGUCUCGUUCCCGCUGUCGCUCACAAGAGACAUCUCGAAGCUGGCCAAGGCCAGUGGGAUUGCGCUGGCCAGCAUGAGCGUGAUCCUGUCGAUUGUGGUGUUUCGCGGACCCGCCAUGGACGACGAUCUUAAAGGUUCCAUCUCCGGAUCCGGCUGGUUCUUCAAGCCAAACAUUUUCCAGAGCAUCAGUGUCAUCUCUUUUGCCUUGGUGUGCCACCACAACACCACGUUCAUCUACGACUCGAUCCGCAAACCCACGCUCGACCGUUUCAAUCGCGUCACUCACAUCGCGUGUGUUCUGUCCGGAGUGGUGUGCAGCGUGAUGGGUGUGUGUGGCUACCUUACUUUUGGCCCAAAAACCAAAGGAAACAUCCUCAACAACUUCCCGUCCGACGACUGGGUGGUCAACAUAGCUCGGCUGUGUUUCGGACUCAACAUGCUCACCACGUACCCGCUGGAACUGUUUGUUGUGCGUGCUGUUGUGCGCGAUCUGAUGGAGAUCUACGAAAAACGCGAGAUUGGCAACCUCGGCACAAAAUACCACGUUAUCAUCACGGCCGUGCUCGCGGCGGUCCCCAUGGUCGUUGCAUUGUUCACGUGCAACCUUGGCGCGGUGCUUGAACUUGUCGGGGCCACGUCCGCGUCGCUGCUCGCGUUCAUUCUGCCACCAUUAUGUUAUCUCAAAAUGACCAAACAGAAACCGCUGCUCCAGCGGCUCCCCUACUACGCGUGCGUCGUGUUCGGGUUCUGUAUCAUGUUUCUGUCGUCUACACAAACUAUCAUCAGCGCGCUUAAUGAUUCGGGAGACGACCACUGUGUGGCUUGA